AUGGACUUCCCCAUCAUCCGCCGCCCUCGCAAACCUGACCCGAACUGGGAUCCCCAUCACAAUCCCGUCACCAAUGGCUUCGCUUACCGGAUACCGCACUCGCCCGAGCUGUCCCUCCCAGGAGGCGGCAACUGGGUGGUGCAGAAAUAUGGCGGAACGAGCGUGGGCAAGUUCCCGGUCAAAAUCGCAGAAGAGAUUGUGGGUCCAGGGAUCAAGAGACACCGCAUCGCCGUGGUGUGCUCGGCGCGAAGCACUGGCACCAAGAGCGAGGGAACCACCACCCGCCUCCUACGCGCGGCGCGAGAUGUGGAGGACGUGAAGAGCCGGAAGUACCUCGAAAUCGUCGAGGCCAUUCGCACCGAUCACAUUGAAGCGGGACGACGAGACGUUCUGACAGAAAGAAACGACGCUGAAGAUGUGCUCCAGCACUACGAGCAAGUGGUCAACUCCGAAUGCGAUGAUCUACUUGACAUCCUCAAGAGCGCACAAGUAAUCAGGGAAGUGUCGGAUCAGACGAUGGACAUGAUCGUAGCUGUGGGAGAGCGUCUGUCUUGCCUGUACAUGACCGCCAUCCUGAGAAGUCGCGGCAUCAAAGCGGCAUAUGUCGACAUGUCGGAGGUCCUCGCCAUCUCCUCCACCAAGGCGUCGCGACGAGGCGAGGGGCUCUACGAGUUGCUGACCGCCGCGAUGGCCAAGCGUGUGCUUGCCGAGCCCGACGACGCAGUCCCCGUCAUUACCGGCUUCUUCGGGAGGGUACAAGACGGCCUCUUGAAGGAGAUUGGAAGAGGCUACACCGACCUCUGCGCCGCGCUCGUCGGCAUCGGGUUGGAAGCCAAAGAACUGCAAAUUUGGAAGGAGGUUGAUGGCAUCUUCACCGCCGACCCCAGCAAGGUCCCUACCGCCCGUCUGCUGGACUCUGUCACGCCCUCCGAGGCUGCCGAGCUGACGUUUUACGGUUCCGAGGUGAUUCACAACGAGACCAUGGAUCAGGUCAUCAAAGCGGAAAUCCCCAUUCGCAUCAAAAACGUCAAGAAUCCCCGCAGUAACGGCACCGUCAUCGUCCCGGACCAGACCGACAAUUACAAUCGACGGCCAGGCUUCAUCUUCCGCGACAGAUCGUCCACCAACAUUCUGAUGCAGAACCAGCAGGUUCCCCGCAAGCCCACCGCCGUGACGAUCAAGAAAGGCAUUGCGAUCUUGAACGUGCACUCCAAGAAGCGCACCCGCGCCCACGGCUUUCUGAGCCGCAUAUUCAGCACACUGGACGAACACGGCCUCAGUGUAGACCUCAUCUCCUCAUCCGAGGUUCACAUCUCCCUUGCGCUCCACAGCGAAGCCCGCCUGCUCUCCGGAGGUGGCGAGGAAGAGAUGAAGAUCGAGAGUGCCGCGCUCCAAGCUUGCGUCGAAGAUCUGCGCACGUGGGGCGACAUCGAUCUCGUUCCGAACAUGGCCAUCAUCUCGCUCGUCGGCAGGCAUCUGCGAAGCCACGUCGGCAUCUCGGGCCGCUUCUUCAGUGCGCUGGGUGAGCAUGGAGUGAACAUUGAGAUGAUCAGCCAGGGGGCGAGCGAGAUCAACAUCAGCUGCGUCAUUGAAGCCAAGGAAGCCGAGAGGGCGUUGAAUGUGGUGCACACCAAUCUUUUUACAUUUCUGGAGAAUUAA